UUAGUUUUGUUAUUCUCCCGAAGAUGCAGUACUUGGGGGGACACGGAUCACUUGUUGCGUUAUCCUCUUAAAGCAUAACUACACCCUUUAUCCGCGGAGUACUUGGCCAACCUUGUGCAAUCCUAACCUUUCACAAAUGACACUAUAAGUGCAAAUGCGGUUCUUCUACGGGGAUAGCCGCAGGCAAGCCCUCUUGGCUGCCAUGGCUAUUCCCGUUCUCUCCUUCAUGGUCUGCUGGGUCUUUGUCUUCCCGGCAUCAUACUGGACGGGCUGGUGGCUUUCGCAAGACGCACGCCUCGCCAACCUUGGCGCGCUUCCCUACAUCUCCGUCCCGCUCGAUGUCUUCACGAAGUACCGCGGCAACCCAGCGGUCAAGUUCACGCACCUGCUGCCUUCUGGCAUCUGGGCGCUUUGCGGCGCGUUGCAGCUCCUGCCGCGCCUGCGAAGGACAGCGCCCCGCCUGCACAGGCUGUCUGGCCGCGUAAUGCUGGCUUGCGCGGCCUCAAUGGCGAUCGGAUACCUCAUUAUGGAGGCACGAUACAUGGUUCUGGACGAGGCUUGGUCCCAGCACAUGGUGCCCCCUGCUGCUGCUGUUGCAGCGGCAGCGGUGCCAGGCUAUGUUGGCACUACCAAUGACAGCAAUAACCGCGAAAACGCGUCCUUCAAACCUCAAGGCGGCGGCUUGCAUGAAGGCGACGGCAUCGGCGCUGCCAUGGCCACCAUCAUCGGCACUAUUGCAAACACCAGCGCAAGCGGCAACAUCCAUGUCGCAGGCAUUGCACGCAAUCGACCCAUGGGUCUGCUGCUGCUGCGUCUGGUAACCUGCUGGUUCAUUACGACCGCCUACCUCGCCUUCAAACACGCGCGGGCGAGGCGCUUUCAGUGGCAUGCAGACUGGGCUGUACGACACGUGGCCUCAGGCGGCUGGGUUAUCGUGCAGCGCCUGCUGAUCAUCCUGCUGGCGUCAGCAGCGCGAGCGGCUGGGGUGGUAUGGAGCGACAGGCAGCGGCAGGAGCUGUUUAUCGUGUUGGAGCAGGUGUCCAUGGCCGCAUGCAUCGCUGGGGCGGAGGUGCUGCUGCAGCGGCGGCAGUGGAGCAAGGA